AUGAAGCUAUUCGUAGUGCUUGCUUGUCUCACAGUAGCGUGGGCUGUACCAUUGACUAAGGAGAAUCAUAAUAUUCAAGAGUUAGAAGUAAUUCCUGAAAAUGAUUCAAUUGAAUCCUCUGAUGUGGAAUCUGCGGCAUAUUUGCCUAAAAUUAUAGAAGUUGCAGAUAUUCUUAGCGAAUACGAAAGGGCUAAUGCUAAGCCUAGUGAAGAAACACAAAAUGUACCAGAAAUUGAACCACUUAACGGACCAGAGGUGAAUGCAGACUUUCUUGAACAUGAACUACCUGAUGUAGCAAAUUUGAUGCCAUUAAAUGAGAAUGACCAGGAUGCGAUUCAAAUUGCUGACCCAUUUGAUAACGAUGUCGACGAAAAAUCAGGUUUUGAUGAAAUUCAAAUAGUUAAUUUGGAUGAUUUUCGCGGAAUAAUGGGUAUAGCGCCAUCUGAACUUGACUCAUUGAGAGUCUAUUUUGAUGAUGACAUGGCUCGCGAACUAGCUGACGAUGAGGCACCGGAAAUAAUAAGACUUAACUACGAUGACCCAAAUUUACGUUAA